UUCUAUAUGAGUUGAUUUUGUGAAUAGACGAGACCAAAAGUAGAAAUAUUAUUUUAGUGUUUGUUUAGGUAUUCAACUGUUCACAAGGUGGCACCAAGGCAUAGAUUAGAAAAAUGUCUAACGAGAAUACAAAAUUCAUCAACUCAUUGUUCUUAAAGAACCUUAUUGAGCAACAUUAUGGACAAAAGGAAGUGAAAAUAAAGACAUAUAGCGUCGAGCCACCAAGUGAAUAUGGCAGUGCCCUCACUCGUGCAUCCAUUAAUCGUGUCUUUGUAAAAUAUUCAGCACAAAAUGUAAAAGAGGAUGUAAUCACAUUUGUCACAAAAGUCAAGCCUACAAAGGGUGAAUUGAGUGAGGAAUUUAGAGUCAGUGGGGAUUUCGCAAAGGAAAUUCAAAUUUAUCAAACUGUCCUGCCGGAAUUUAACAAAGCUUUGAAGAAGAUUGGAGAGAAGAUUGAUUUUACGCCAAACAUUGUAUCCAUCUUUUCAUCACCAACUGAUGGUAUUAUCUUUGAAGAAGUAACAAACCGUGGAUAUCACAUUCAAUUCGACAAAACAGGAUUGAACUACGAGCAAAGUGUGUUAUCACUUCAAAAGCUUGCAUGUUUCCAUGCAUCAAGUGCUGUUUUAAUGGAAAAGGGAUCAGACGAUCUUGAAAUGUUUGCAAAAGGAACCUUCCAUAAUGAUUUCAAAAACAAAAUGGAAUAUUUCAAUGAAGCUUAUCGCAUGGUUGUUGAUAAUGCUAAUGGAUUGGGAAUCGAUGGUGCCAUUCAACAAAAAUUGAGAGAAUUCUCAUUUAAAGUAGUUCCGAAAGUAAUUGAUGACUAUACAAGUGCCAUUAAAGGAUUCCGUGUUCUUAAUCAUGGAGAUUUUUACACGCGUAAUAUUUUCUUUAAAUACAAGGGAAAUGAAUUAAUGGAUGUUUUGUUUGUUGACUUCCAAAAUGCUGUUAUCGGAACACCACUAAUUGACUUAUUCUAUUUCCUUCAAACAUCCGUUGCCACUAAUGUACUUGCAUCAUCACGUGAUGAAUUGAUUUACUUUUAUCAUGAUGCACUUUCAACAAUGCUUCAGAGCUUGGGCUAUAAAGGACAAUUUCCUUCAUUAAAUGAGCUUCAAGUUGAGAUGCUUAAACGCAGCACUAUGGAGUUCUAUUUUAGUUUGACACUCGCACCAUACUUGAGAAUUCCACAACCAAGAGUCAUUACUGCUGUGCAGCCAUCACUUUACAAGGAGGAAUACUUGCAACAACUUAAGAAUCAUGGAAAGACAGUUUUAUCCAUGUCCAAGGAUUUUAUUCAAGGACAACUAAAGAGAUUUGAUGCUUUAGGUACACUUGACUAUACAGGAGAUGAAAGCCGCAUUCGAGGCAUUAAAAAUCGUUUUGCAGCAGCAAGAAUUUAAAGGAAAUUGUAUUGAAGUGAUUUGUGCUUUGUUGUUCACUAUCUUAUCGAGCAUAUACGUGUAUAUGUCAUGUGAACUACUUAAUAAUGAUGAAUAAUGUUAUAUUGAAAGACUUGUAAUGACGACAUUAAUUAUUGAGCCAUAAAAAGUUAUGU